AUGAAGUUUCUCAGCGCCGUGUUCCCGGCCGCAUGGGCUGGUAUUUUACUGCUAGUGCCAGCCGUUUAUGCAGAUCCACACUUUGAUUGCGGUGACUUUAUCGGUUUUACACUCAGUGAACUUACAAGUCGUAAAGGAUAUGAUGGAUUUGUGACGGCGGAGCCUGGUGAACCUAAAGGUCCCAAUGGGGAAGAAUACUUGUCACACCGAUACCGCGCGAUGAGAAGCAUUAUAUACACUACUUCCUACUUGGCUCAACCAAUCAAUGAAUAUCCCUAUUUCCGAGCCUUUCAUAGAACUACCGAAGUUCAGGAGCCAUUUAAAUUCAUAGAAAACUAA